AUGCUGGGCCUUCGGGGUGACGAUGCCGAAGUCUCGGAUGACAUCCGAGAGCACCAGCAGAUAAGGCCAGCUCUUAUCUUUGGAGCGUUCCUGCGAAACCUGCGACCAGAAAGCCAACGUCCUGUGCUUGAAGUGACCAUGGCUACAGAUGCGAAACUUGUGACCCCAGAGGCAGCUGCGCCGCCAAUGGAUUGGAAAGAGAAUGUGAAAGAUCUCACUGCCGGCGCUGCGGGAGGUGUAGCGCAGGUGUUAAUUGGCCAACCAUUCGAUAUCGUCAAGGUGCGGUUGCAGACGCAGACCGGCUGUUCAGCGCUCUCAGCAGCGCGCAAUAUCUGGACGAAGGAAGGCCCCUCGGCCUUCUAUAAGGGAACGCUAGUGCCCUUACUGGGCGUCGGCGCUUGCGUUAGCAUUCAGUUCGGCGCCUUCCACGGCUUCCGACAACUCAUUGAAUCUUACAACCACCGAAACGGCCCUGUUCACGACAAAAGUCUCUCCCUCCCCCAGUUCUACCUGGCUGGUGGAUUAGCCGGAGUGACAAACAGCGUCAUUUCCGGCCCCGUGGAGCAUAUUCGCAUUCGGCUCCAAACGCAGCCACACGGUACGACCCGACUCUACAACGGGCCCUGGGACUGCGCACGAAAGAUCAUCCAGGUGGCCGGUCCUGGAGGAAUCUACCGCGGACAAGUCGUGACGCUCCUUCGCGAAUUCCACGGCUACGGUGUAUGGUUCGCCGCGUAUGAAGGACUUCUGAAAAUCCUGCAAGAUCGGACCCAGAUGAAACGUCAUGAAUUGCCGAACUGGCAGAUCGCUGUCUGUGGCGGAUUAGCGGGUGAAGCUUUGUGGCUUCUGAGUCACCCGUUGGACGUGAUUAAGAGUAAGAUGCAGAGUGAUGGGUUUGGUCCGGAUCAAAAGUAUCGCCACAUGAGACAUGCGUUCCAGGAGACGUGGGCUGUUGGGGGUAUUCGAGGGCUAUUCCAGGGUCUGGGGCCUGCGUUGCUGCGUGCGAUGCCGGUCUCUGCAGGUACAUUUGCCACGGUGGAGAUGGUGCGAAAGAUGUUAGCGUAG